CACUACACUGAGUUACCUCCCUCUACCAGGAAGUUGUUGAGCAGCAACAUAAACAUCCACAAUAGGGCACUUCACCGACACAGGGAAAUAAUAUUCAAUACACACCAGCUGAAUUUUUCUUCAAGCUACGGAGCAAAGCAAAUCAAUCGACACAUCGAAAGUAGUUGAAGACCAAGACUAGCCGAUAGUAAGCAUGAAAACACGAGGCUCGCACAAACGAUCCCGACCUGGUUCCUCCAAAGACGAUCCUCCGGCCAAGAUACAUAAGUCAGAGGUCAUCAAUCCAGAAGUUGAAAUUCCCACGGAAACAAACAAAUGUACAUGCGGUGAUAACGUUCCAGGGAUCAACAAAAUUAAUGAGAAAAACAUAUUGUACAUGCAUGUAGAGGGUGGUACUUUUUAUGCAAAGAAAAACGAUAAAACGUUCAAAACUGAACUUCUUCAAAAGGUAUGUUGUCUUCGAAACAGCAAUGGAGGACUCUUAGUCACACACGUUAAGAACCGUGAUACAGGUUUCGGAAGAAAUCUGGAUCGAUUUGAUGAAAGAUUCGAAAAAGAUCUAAAUAACAUGAUAGAGGAUGACUCGCCAUAUUGGAUGAACUAUCGAAGGCGAUGGCUUCCAUCGACAGAGAGGGGCGAAUACCAAGAUUAUAUCCUUCUGGAUGUCGAGGGAUCGUCAUCAGUAUCAACACAGGACUUCAACACAUACAUGCCAAAUGACGGAAGCAUAGUGAGACCAAAGGCUCGUGAAAUUGCUGAAUACAUGUCAAAAUCUCACAAAGCCAGCGACACCAAGAAUGAAUCGAAAAUAGGUGGGGAUGAAUUCAAGGAAGACCAUACUUUGCCGUAUUACGAAAACAGGGACCUCCAGUUCAAGAGGCUUGACAAGGAGGUUCUUCUAGGCAGUCAGUGGAAGGAUUUACCUACGGACAAAGCAGCUGUAGAGAAAAUUCUAUCCUGUCGCCUAUAUAAUUACAUUACCACCUUUACAAAACUAGAAAAGGGGGGUGUGAUAUAUUUUGGAGUUGAAGAAGAGAAGACUGAGCCUCCGCGAGAGAAUGCUGAAGGGCUCCCAACAUAUCAUUACAAAGUCAGAGGUCUUUCUCUGACGGAGAAUGAUAAGCGACAAAUCAAGACCGACCUCUUGACAAGUAUAAAACAAAACAUGCUGUGGGUGGAUGAUAAGGGGAAUACAUUAAAGGAGGAAGAUGUUGCUCAGAAAGUUGAAAUCACAUUUCAUUCUACGAAGGGAGAUGACACAUCCUAUGUCAUCGAAGUACUUGUGCCGCAGAAGUUUGCGGGCAUGGUGUUCACGAAGAAGGAGGGGCCAUUCGCCUGUAGGGUUUCUCGGACAGGGGAUAAGAAAGAAAUUAUUCCCGUCGAUCUCGAAAAGUGGCAGGAGAGAGUAACGGAAAUGCUGACAUGUGAAAAGUGCAAGAAAGGUGCACGCCAGUCUGGCGAGCAGCAGCAACAGCAACAACAGCCUCAACAGCAGUAACACAUCCUCAACAGAAGUAGCAGCAACAGCAGCACCAACAUCUGUAAUAUCAGCCUCAACAAAAUCAGUAAUAACAGCCUCAGCAACAUCAGUAAUGACAGCCCGAGCAACAUCAGUAAUGACAGCCUCAGCAGCAGUAACACAUCCUCAGCAGAAGUAGUAGCAACAGCAGCAGCACGUGUGUAAUAACAGCCUUAGCAACAUCAGUCAUCACAGCCUCAGUAACAUCAGUAAGGACAGCCUCGGCAGCAGUAACACGUCCUCAGCAGAAGUAGUAGCAACAGCAGCAGCACGUGUGUAAUAACAGCCUUAGCAACAUCAGUAAUGACAGCCUCAGCAGCAGUAACACAUCCUCAGCAACAUCAGUAAUAACAGUCUCAGCAGCCUCGGCAACAUCAGUAAUGACAGCCUCGGCAGCAGUAACACAUCCUCCGCAACAUCAGUAAUAGCAGUCUCAGCAGCCUCGGCAACAUCAGUAAUAACAGCCUCGGCAGCAGUAACACAUCCUCGGCAACAUCAGUAAUAGCAGUCUCAGCAGCCUCGGCAAUAUCAGUAAUAACAGCCUCAGCAACAUCAGUAAUGACAGCCUCAGUAACAUCAGUAAUGACAGCCUCGGCAACAUCAGUAACGACAGCCUCAGCAGCAGAAGCAACAUCAGUAAAAACAGCCUCGGCAACAUCAGUAAUCACAGCCUCAGCAGCAGUAACACAUCCUCAGCAGAAGUAGUAGCAACAGCAGCAGCACGUGUGUAAUAACAGCCUUAGCAACAUCAGUAAUCACAGCCUCAGCAGCAGAAGCAACAUCAGUAAUAACAGCCCCAGUAAAAUCAGUAAUCACAGCCUCAGCAGCAGUAACACAUCCUCAGCAACAUCAGUAAUAACAGUCUCAGCAGCCUCGGCAACAUCAGUAAUGACAUCCUCGGCAGCAGUAACACAUCCUCAUCAACAUCAGUAGUAACAGUCUCAGCAGCCUCGACAACAUCAGUAAUUACAGCCUCAGCAACAUCAGUAAGGACAGCCUCGGCAACAUCAGUAAUGACAGCCUCAGCAACAUCAGUAAUGACAGCCUCGGCAACAUCAGUAACGACAGUCUCAGCAGCAGAAGCAACAUCAGUAAUAACAGCCUCGGCAACAUCAGUAAUGACAGCCUCGGCAACAUCAGUAAUAACAGCCUCAGCAACAUAAGUAAUGACAGCCUCGGCAACAUCAGUAAUGACAGCCUCGGCAACAUCAGUAAUCACAGCCUCAGCAACAUCAGUAAUCACAGCCCUGUCAGCAGCAACAGUCUCGUCAUCAAAGGCAGCAGUAGCAACAAUAGCAACCAGGAAGUUACCAAUGACUGCAUGUCAGUGAUUGUGGAAUGAAGUUUCAAACAUUUGUUUUAAUUGCAUGCUCAGUAAAGACUUACAUUUCUAUUCCAGUCAAUUGAUCUUUGGUAACAUUCGGAUACACUAGUCUAGCUGGUGUAGAUGGACAUUCCUUCCGUGUUGGCCUUUUGUCUUACCUCACAGCGUAGUUGAAACAACAUCGUAUCCCACUUUGAAAGGAAAUAGUGCUCGGAAAACCUGCACAGAAAAUGAAUUGCGCAUGCUCAGUUCGUUAACGGACUUGAACGCAGGAUGACACGAAGACCCGCACACCCGUGGGUUCAAGGUUGAAACAGACACUAAUGGAUCGGGUACAAAUCAAGGAACGCUAUUGCAUUCAGUUGUGAAAUGAACGAUUUCUCUGUUCAAGACCAUAAGUGUUAUGAGAUUUGUUCGCGUCUUUUAGAAUCCAACACAAUUACAAUGAUUUGUCUAUGAUCAGAAAGUACACGUUUCCAAGUUAUUUUUUCUCUGUUUUAUUUGCACUUCAGUAAGGUGACGUUUAUAUUUAUGAAUUUAUAUAUAUUUGAAUGCAAGUUAUUCACCAUAAUUAUACUUCUGGUAGAAGAGUUUGAUUUGGAAAUGAUGCUAAUAACUAUAUGUUUUUGUAAAAUACAAAAUAUAUCAUGUUCCGAUUACCGUACUGACAGUCUCAUCAUUCGACAAUGUCGUUUUCUUUCAGUGAAUGAGUGAGUAUGGUUUUACGCCGCUUUUAGCAAUAUUCCAGCAAUAUCACUGCGGGGGACACCAGAAAUGGGGUACACACAUUGUAUCCAUGUCGGGAAUCGAACCCGGGUCGGUGUGACGAGCUAACGAUUUAACCACGAGGCUACCCGAUCGCCCCUUUUUCUAUAAGGAAAAGCUUUGAGUUGGGUUUAACUCCGCCUUCGACAGUAUUCCAGUUAUAUCACGGCGUGUCAGCUUAAUGUGGGAGGAAAGCCCAAAGUGAUGCAGGUCUGAGACGUUUACCACUUCGGUGAAACCCAAGAGCACGGGUAUGGUGCAGACAAACCUAGACACAUAAUCGGGGCGAACCGGGAUUCUAACCCACAAUCAUAGGUUUCUGGCGGGCCCAAGGGACGCAACUCUGCAGAGCGAAUUGCGGCGCCUUAGACGACUGGGCCACCCGUGCCCCCUGCUAUCGGAAGAAACUUACUUGAUACAAUCAAGGCUUGUUUCCCUGUCUUAUUGUUUACUCCAUAUAUAGAUCACUAAACACUUGUAGGCUUUAUUUUAUUUCAAAUCUUAUUCUUUGUAUAUACAUAGAGAGAUAAAGAGACAGUUUGCGUGUUCUUAAUAAACUCUUAAAUCCAGUGUGAUUAUGUUUUGUUUGUUAUGUCAAACUAGAUAAUUAUUUGAUUGAUUGUUUGUUGUUUUACGCCGCACUCAGCACUAUUCCAGCUAUUUGACGGCUUUAAAUAGUCGAUAUUGCGGGAAUAUUGCUAAAACUGGCGUAACACUACUCACUCGUACUGGAUUGAUAGUGUCUGCACAAGACACCGGUGUGACUACCAAUACGACUGGCAUAAGCAGCGCUUGAUAUUAGGCCUCGAUGGCUACCUCAGAAGAUACAACAAACAAUCACGCCGCAUAUAUUAACCCAUUUAUUCCGAUAAUAAGUCACAAGUAGCUGACACCAUAUUACAAUAUUCGUUGUUGUUGUUUUUCAUCCUAUCAUCUGAAAAUAGAUUACAAAUAAUGAUAAAUAAGCGUUCGUUAUGAUGUGUAAUGUACAGAUGGGUAAUAUGAAAUAGAUUACUACAGAUCUAUGCCGUUUACUUUCCUAUAGGUGUUGAAAUGUGCUGACAAGAUAAUUAAUUACAAACUUGAAAGCAAAUGUUGCCUUCAACACAUUCUUAUUUACCAUAUUAUUUAUCACAGGUCACAACGGCUCUGUUUUAUUCCUACAGCCGUCACAUAGCUGGAAUAUUGCUGAGUGUCGCGUCGAACAAGAAUCAGAAACAUCUUUAAUUUUUAAAGAUUUUAAAAGUGCAGUGGAAUUCAAGUGGAAGAAAUGACGCCAUGGGGUUUCUGAAUAUUUUUAAUAUUUGUAAUUUAUACAAAUUCAAAAUUUCAUAUCACAAUGUUUUAUUCCGUCUAGAGAAUUGUUUGUUAUUUUACCAAAAUUGAGAAAUGUGUGUUUAUCUGUAUUCCCCGCUAAAGAAAUCUGAUUGAGAAAGAAAGUGAUGUCAGAUCAAUGAUGUAUAAAGCGUUAUGUUCCAUAUCAUCA